AUGGUGUCUCAACCUGAGGAAAGUAACCGUGGAGCAUUGUAUUAUACAUUAAUCAUGGCACAGGUCUUAUGUCAUUAUAAGAAAAACGGCCUUCUAAUGUAUCCUGUACAGUAA